CCCAUGCACAUGUUAAUACUGUAAACAAGGUAGCUGGGCGACUUCAACAUUUAGUGUCACUGUUGGUGGUAGUAAUUAAAUCUCAGAAACUAUUGACUAAUAAAUAAAACAUCGUUUGAUAUAAAUACUGUUGAUUUAAAAAAAAAAUGGCGUCCACUGCGGUGCACAGUGACAGCGACGAUGAUAUGGAUGCGUUCAUGGACAAAUUCAAGACACAGAGAUAUAAAAAGGGCUUCAACGAAGAAACCUGGGAAGAGGAGUUCAAUAAAGUGCCCAUGUUUAUGAAAAGUGCCCCCGAGGAGAUUGACCCACGAGAGUACCCAGAGCUGGCUUGUCUCCAGUCCAUCAUCCACGAUGAGGACAGGUCUCCAGAAGAGCAAGCACAGAGCCUGAAAGAUGAGGGGAAUGCAUUUUUCAAAGAGAAGAACUACGAAAAGGCCAUCCUGGCUUACACAGUAGGUUUGAAGAAGAAAUGUGGUGACCAGGACCUUGACACUGUUCUUCUGACCAACCGAGCCGCAGCACACUUCCAUCUGGGUAACAUGCGCUCUGCAUUGAAUGAUGCUGUAGCUGCAAAGAAGAUCAAACCAGACCACAUAAAAGCCCUGAUCAGAGGUGCUCAGUGUUGCAUAGAGCUGCGUAACUAUGCAGAGGCCACACGAUGGUGUGAUGAGGGGCUUAAAGCUCAUCCUACAGACAAGAAGCUGCAGGAGCUGAGAGCAGCAGCUGAUAAACACAAGAGAGCAGCAGACAGAGAUGCCAGGAAGGCCAAGGCCAAAGAGAAAAAGUUGCAUGGUGAGAAAGAAGUUCUUUUGGCUGCUAUUAAGGAGCGAGGCAUCAAGCUGUUCCAGUCUGCAAAGCGCCCUCAGCGUGGUUCAGACAGUGAGGAUGAGGAGGAACGGUCCUCAGCAGCGAUCGCAGAGCUGAGCCUGGAUGGCCUCAGCUCUCAGGAGGCGACGGGGGCUCAGGUCUUCCUGGACGAGCAGGGCUCCCUUAACUGGCCUGUUUUCUUCCUUUACCCUGAGCAUCAACAGAGUGACUUCAUCUCGGCUUUCUCUGAGAGUAACUGUUUCAUAGACCACCUGGCUGUCAUGUUUGGAGAAGAGCUUCCACCUUGGGACGCGGACAGAAAAUAUCACCCACAAAAUUUACAGCUGUUCUUUGAAGAUGUGGCGAAAGAGGCACUCUACCAAGUUGACCCAGAGAUGACACUUUUGAAAGUGUUACAGCAUAAAAGGUAUUUCGUCAAGGCAGGUACUCCCAGUUUCAUCGUUUUGGUAAAAGACUCGUCAUUCUACAAGCAGUUUUUAACAGGAAAGAAAAUACUUGGAUUGUAAAAACAUUGAGCUUCAAUUCUUGGACUUCAUUCAUUCACAAAAUUCUCUUCAAUGCCAAAUGACUGACUUUAUUCUUGAAAAAGAUGCCACAGCAAACAUGUAUAUCCACAAUGCCCAAAUAUCAAUACAAAUGAAUAUAAAACAAAUAUGAGAGGAAAACACACCAAUUGUGCUCUUUCUG